AUGGACAGGCGUCGAAUCCCAGGUCCAGAGGCCAGUGUCAAGCCAAUAAUAGAAAGAGCAGAUGACGACGAUACUCUGCAUGUGGUACCUCUCAAGACCAUAGACGAUAUAAGACAAGAUGGAAGAAGUUUGGAUAAAAUUCGAAAGGCUUGGCUCGCUCCGGGAAUAAUCACUCAAGCUAAUGGAUCAGCAUAUAUCGAGUUUCAGGGAACCAAACUUGCGUGCGCCGUAUACGGUCCUCGUGCAACCAAAAUUUCAGCUUUCAGCGGAAAAGGGUCUUUAAACUGUGAAAUAAAGUUUGCACCUUUUUCAUGUCAAAAAAGAAGGUCACCUCAGCGCGAUCCACAAGAAAAAGAACUUUCUCAACUUUUGUUUGAAGCCCUGGCACCCGCAGUGCGUUUAGACUUGCUGCCAAAGUCAACGAUUGAUGUGUUUGUUACGAUAUUACAGAACGACGGUAAUGGAUCUUGUUUGGCCGCCUCGAUAACUGCCGCAUCCGUGGCUUUAGCUGAUGCUGGCAUUGAGAUGUUGGAUCAGGUUGCUGCUUGUUCGGCGUGUUAUAUUGAUGAUGAGAUUUGGAUAGAUUGUACGCUGAGAGAAGAAGAACAUGCGCAAGGAAGUUUGGUGCUGUCUUGUAUGCCUUCAUUAAAUGAAGUUACACACAUGUUACAGUCUGGAGAAGUCACUGUUAGUGGCACUAUAAGAGCGAUCGAACAGUGUACAGAGGCAUGUUCCAAAAUAUAUUUAAUAAUGGGGAAUUGUCUUUCGGAAUCGGUGCGGCGUAAAUUGGAAAAGGAUAACGCUUUGGAUGGAUUAAAUAAAAAGGAGGGAUAG